AUGCAUGUGCCGCUCUGGGCUCUGGGGCUGCUGCUGUUCCCUGAGUUAUUCAAUGUAGUCGCGUCCAGGGACAAAGUUAUUUGGAAGAGUACAGGGAAAGACUCCAGUGUGUACGACAUUGUAACUCCCGUGCGCGUGAAUGAAGCCGGCGACAAGUUUCCCACAUCUUUGCAUUUCAAGAGGAAAAGACGAAGUUUGGACGAAAACACUGGGAAUUGGCAGGAUCCCUGGGCCUCAGCAAACAUCCACUACAGAAUCCAUGCGUUUGGACAGAGCUACCACUUGAACCUCACACGACACUCGGGAUUCCUCGCUCCUCUCUACACUGUGACAGUACUAGGACUACACCGCAGAGACAACAUGACAGAGUUUCCACCUGAUGGGCAGGAGGAGGAUGACAGCGAGCUCAGGCACUGCUUCUAUAAAGGAUAUGUCAACUCGGAACACGCCGCAGUCAUCAGUCUUUGCUCCGGAUUGAUGGGCACGUUUCGGUCUCCAGAGGGGGAGUAUUUUGUGGAGCCCUUACACAGUUACCAAGGGCAGCACUAUGAAGAGGAACACAUAAAACCUCACAUUGUUUAUAAGAAGAGCGCUUCCAAAACAGACAUCUUUGAGGACGACUCCACGUGUGACACUGCAGAGCAUAAACAGCGACAUAAAAGGCACACACAGAGAAGAAGGCCGGUGGUUCGAGUCCCGGCACCUAUGGGCAGCUCCGAUAUCUUCACAGACAUUGAGUUAUUGAGAUCUGGAAUAGCCAACCAAGUACUUCCUACUCCAGAAAGCAGCAAUUCCAGCAGUUCUAGAGCCUCAAAUGAUAGCAGCGCUGACUCGGGACCUCACAGGAGAUCAAAGCGCUUCCUCUCCUACCCGCGCUUUGUUGAAGUCAUGCUGGUCGCCGACAGCAAAAUGGUGGAGCAUCAUGGCAGCAAUUUACAGCAUUACAUUCUGACGCUGAUGUCCAUUGUUUCUUCCAUUUACAAAGACCCCAGCAUCGGAAAUGUCAUUAACAUAGUGAUUGUGAAGCUGGUCAUUAUUAACCACGAACAGGAGGGUCCAGUCAUUUCUUUCAAUGCACAAACCACUUUAAAAAACUUUUGCAUUUGGCAGCAGAGUCAAAACAUUCUGGACGACAACCAUCAGUCGCACCACGACACCGCCAUCCUCAUCACCAGGCAGGACAUCUGCAGAGCCAGAGAUAAAUGCGACACGUUAGGACUGGCGGAGCUGGGAACGGUGUGUGACCCGUACAGAAGCUGCAGCAUCAGUGAAGACAACGGUCUGAGCACGGCCUUCACCAUCGCCCACGAGCUCGGCCACGUGUUCAACAUGCCGCAUGACGACAGUAACAAGUGCAGAGAGGAUGGAGUGAAGGUGCAGCAGCACGUCAUGGCUCCGACUCUGAACUACAACACCAACCCCUGGAUGUGGUCCAAGUGCAGCAGGAAGUUCAUCACAGAAUUCCUGGACACAGGAUACGGUGAAUGUUUACUGGAUGAGCCGGUCUCGAGGCCCUACAGUCUCUCGCCACAGCUGCCUGGAGGAGCCUAUAAUGUAAACAAACAAUGUGAAUUAAUAUUCGGCCCAGGAACACAGGUGUGCCCAUAUAUGACCCAGUGUCGGCGUCUGUGGUGCACGAGUCCAGAGGGAGUCCAGAGAGGCUGCAGGACGCAGCACAUGCCGUGGGCCGACGGCACUGACUGUGCUCCUGGGAAGCAUUGCAAGCAUGGGCUGUGCGUGGCCAAAGAGCAGGAUGCCAGCCCGGUGGAGGGAGCAUGGGGGGUGUGGAGUCCGUUUGGAAUGUGUUCUCGCACAUGUGGAGGAGGCAUCAAGGUGGCCUCCCGGGACUGCAACAGACCAGUGCCCAGAAACGGAGGGAUGUACUGUGUGGGUCGUCGGAUGAAGUUUCGCUCGUGUAACUCCGAGCCCUGCUCGCGGCAGAAGAAGGACUUUAGGGAAGAGCAGUGCGGCGCCUUCGACGGCAGACAUUUUAACAUCAACGGGCUGCCGCCAAACGUUCGCUGGGUUCCAAAGUACAGCGGAAUCCUGAUGAAGGAUCGCUGUAAGCUCUUCUGCCGGGUCGCGGGCAGCACCGCCUACUACCAGCUACGGGACCGGGUCAUAGACGGGACCACGUGUGGUCCAGACACCAACGACAUCUGUGUCCAGGGCCUGUGCAGGGUGAGUGUCAGGUGGUACAGGGUGAGUGUCAGGGUGGUACAGGUGGUACAGGGGGAGUGUCAGGUGGUACAGGGGGAGUGUCAGGUGGUACAGGGGGAGUGUCAGGUGGUACAGGGGGAGUGUCAGGUGGUACAGGUGGUACAGGGGGAGUGUCAGGUGGUACAGGGGGAGUGUCAGGUGGUACAGGGGGAGUGUCAGGUGGUACAGGGGGAGUGUCAGGUGGUACAGGGUGAGUGUCAGGUGGUACAGGGGGAGUGUCAGGUGGUACAGGGGGAGUGUCAGGUGGUACAGGGGGAGUGUCAGGUGGUACAGGGUGAGUGUCAGGUGGUACAGAGGGAGUGUCAGGUGGUACAGGGUGAGUGUCAGGUGGUACAGGGUGAGUGUCAGGUGGUACAGAGGGAGUGUCAGGUGGUACAGGGGGAGUGUCAGGUGGUACAGGGUGAGUGUCAGGUGGUACAGAGGGAGUGUCAGGUGGUACAGGGUGAGUGUCAGGUGGUACAGGGUGAGUGUCAGGUGGUACAGAGGGAGUGUCAGGUGGUACAGGGUGAGUGUCAGGUGGUACAGGUGGUACAGGGGGAGUGUCAGGUGGUACAGGGGGAGUGUCAGGUGGUACAGAGGGAGUGUCAGGUGGUACAGGGGGAGUGUCAGGUGGUACAGGGUGAGUGUCAGGUGGUACAGGGGGAGUGUCAGGUGGUACAGGGUGAGUGUCAGGUGGUACAGGGUGAGUGUCAGGUGGUACAGGGGGAGUGUCAGGUGGUACAGGGGGAGUGUCAGGUGGUACAGAGGGAGUGUCAGGUGGUACAGGUGGUACAGGGGGAGUGUCAGGUGGUACAGGGUGAGUGUCAGGUGGUACAGGGUGAGUGUCAGGUGGUACAGGGUGAGUGUCAGGUGGUACAGGGUGAGUGUCAGGUGGUACAGAGGGAGUGUCAGGUGGUACAGGGUGAGUGUCAGGUGGUACAGGGUGAGUGUCAGGUGGUACAGGGGGAGUGUCAGGUGGUACAGGGUGAGUGUCAGGUGGUACAGGGUGAGUGUCAGGUGGUACAGGGGGAGUGUCAGGUGGUACAGGGGGAGUGUCAGGUGGUACAGGGUGAGUGUCAGGUGGUACAGGGUGAGUGUCAGGUGGUACAGGGUGAGUGUCAGGUGGUACAGGGGGAGUGUCAGGUGGUACAGGUGGUACAGGGGGAGUGUCAGGUGGUACAGGGGGAGUGUCAGGUGGUACAGGGUGAGUGUCAGGUGGUACAGGGUGAGUGUCAGGUGGUACAGGGUGAGUGUCAGGUGGUACAGGGGGAGUGUCAGGUGGUACAGGUGGUACAGGGGGAGUGUCAGGUGGUACAGGGGGAGUGUCAGGUGGUACAGGGUGAGUGUCAGGUGGUACAGGGUGAGUGUCAGGUGGUACAGGGUGAGUGUCAGGUGGUACAGGGGGAGUGUCAGGUGGUACAGGUGGUACAGGGGGAGUGUCAGGUGGUACAGGGGGAGUGUCAGGUGGUACAGGGGGAGUGUCAGGUGGUACAGGGUGAGUGUCAGGUGGUACAGGGUGAGUGUCAGGUGGUACAGAGGGAGUGUCAGGUGGUACAGGGGGAGUGUCAGGUGGUACAGGGUGAGUGUCAGGUGGUACAGGGGGAGUGUGGUACAGGGGAGUGUCAGGUGGUACAGGGGGAGUGUCAGGUGGUACAGGGGGUCGUGGUACAGGGGAGUGUCAGGUGGUACAGGGUGGUACAGGGGGAGUGUCAGGUGGUACAGGGUGAGUGUCAGGUGGUACAGGGGGAGUGUCAGGUGGUACAGGGGGUGUCAGGUGUGAUUCAGGUGGUACAGGGUGGUACAGGGGGUCAGGUGGUACAGGGUGAGGUCAGGUGGUACAGGGAGUGUCAGGUGGUACAGGGGGAGUGUCAGGUGGUACAGGGGAGUGUCAGGUGGUACAGGGGGGAGUGUCAGGUGGUACAGGUGGUACAGGGGGAGUGUCAGGUGGUACAGGGGGAGUGUCAGGUGGUACAGGGUGAGUGUCAGGUGGUACAGGGGGAGUGUCAGGUGGUACAGGGGGAGUGUCAGGUGGUACAGGGGGAGUGUCAGCAAGCUGGCUGUGACCACGUCCUGAACUCCAAAGCCAGGAGAGACAAGUGCGGUGUUUGCGGAGGAGAUAAUUCUUCAUGCAAACCUAUAGCAGGCACCUUCAACAUGGUCCGCUACGGCUAUAACGAAGUCGUGCACAUACCAGCGGGUGCCACAAACAUCGAUAUUCGGCAGCACAGUUACUCAGGAAAACCAGAAGAUGACAAUUAUUUAGCCAUAUCCAAUACUCGCGGUGAAUUCCUUCUUAAUGGAGAGUUUGUAGUUAGCAUGUUCAAAAGGGAAAUCAAAGUUGGAACUACCAUCCUUGAAUACAGCGGCUCGGACCAUGUGAUUGAAAGGAUCAACUGCACCGAGCGCAUUGAGGAGGAGAUUGUUGUCCAGGUUUUGUCUGUGGGAAAUCUGUACAACCCAGACGUCAGGUAUUCUUUUAACAUCCCCAUCGAAGACAGACCGCAGCACUUUUUCUGGGAUGCUUAUGGCCCUUGGCAGGAGUGCAGCCGUCUGUGCCAAGGUGAACGCAAGCGAAAGAUUGUGUGUAGUCGAGAAUCCGACAGAGUUGUGGUGUCGGACCAGCGAUGUCACGGCACACCUCGGCCUGCGGUCGUCACGGAAACCUGCAACAAUGACUGCGAACUUAGGUGGUUUGUGGCCCGUAAGAGUGAGUGCUCCGCCCAAUGUGGCCCAGGAUAUCGGCCGCUGGAAAUAUACUGCGGGAAAACAAAUCAUGGCGAUGUAAAGACACAGAAGGUGGACGAGCGUUACUGCAGCAACAUCCAUAAACCAGACGACAAGGAAAGCUGUCAUGGGGACUGUAACCCCGGGGGCUGGGAGUACUCGUCCUGGUCCGAGUGCACCAAGAGCUGUGGAGGAGGCACCCGCCACCGAGGGGCAGUCUGCAGUAAGGCUCCAGACCAUGUGGGAGAUGAAACCAUGUGUAGCCAAAGGGACAAGCUGACCGUCCAAUCCUGUAAUGAAUUCCUCUGUCCAUGGUGGAAAAGUGGGGACUGGUCCGAGUGCCUGGUGACGUGUGGGAAAGGCUACAAACACAGGCAGGUUUGGUGUCAGUUUGGUGAAGAUCGAUUGGAGGAUCCUCACUGCGGUUCAGCCAAACCUGAGUCUGUGCAGCCGUGUCAGCAGCAGGAGUGCGCCUCGUGGCAGGUCGGACCCUGGGGACAGUGCACUACCUCAUGUGGGCCCGGAUUCCAGAUGCGAGCAGUGAAGUAA